GAGCAACUGGCGUGUAAAAGAGCAACGCAUUGAGAUCGUAUACAUCGCUGCUUUGCCCUUUGCCUUUCGCCCUUCGCCCCUCGAACAACGAACAUGACUGAUUCUAGUUCGGCGAGCCUGAUCAGGUCCCCGCCAACUUAUGGAUCCACCAGCACCACGAUGGAUGAUGAGCAGCCAGAGCAACCUCUCAUUCUCUUUGCAGAGUUCCCUAGCGAUCUCAAUCGCGACAAGACCUUCGCAUUGCCUUUAGCCCGGGAACUGUCAAUUUGUGAUACAAUCGACCCAAACUCGAUUCCAGUCGGACAGGCCUCUAUUGCAUCUGAAGUUGCCAACCUCAGCAAAAAUCUUAUUGGAUGCGGAGUUCUAUCUCUUUCCGGAGGUAUCGCCAUGUUCGCCGACUCGCCUAAUGCCGUUUACCCGGCCUCACUAUGGGUUAUUGUCAUGGGCGCUAUCUUCGGAUAUUUUUGUCUCCUAAUUGGGAAGCUAUGUGAUAUGACUCGGUCAAGUACAUAUCGCGAAUGCUGGCAAAAGACCAUGGGCGACGAUGGCUCGACCGUGGUAGCCUGCAUCAACGCGCUUAAAGCAGCUCUCGCCAAUCUGGCAUAUUCGACAAUUUUGUCGCAGUCCGGAAGCUCUCUUUGCCAAACGAUCGGCAUUGAAGUCUCCCGAGUGUCAUGUUUGUUGAUUAUAACGGUUACCAUGAUCCUUCCCUUAUGCAUGCUAAAGCAGAUUCGUGUCCUGGCACCAUUUUCAAUUUUGGGUACCGCAGGAACGUUGUUGACAGCUCUGGCAAUGAUUAUUCGGUAUAUGGAUGGCUCCUACCUCCCUGAAGGUGCUUUUUACCAUGACAUCCAGCCAACUUUGCAACCCUCAUUUGGAACAACAAACCGUGUUUGGAGCACUGCGGUAUUACCGUAUGUUUGUAUGCUAUUUGAAGCCUUCGUCAUGCAUUACAACGCUGCCCGUUUCUACAAUGAGCUUAAACACGCGACACCGGCUCGAUUCGGGACGGCUGUCUCGUCUUCGUUCGCACUGUCUUCGACCGUCUACGUGGCCAUUGCGACCGUGGGAUUUCUCACAUUUGGUGGCAAUUCGGACAGUUUCAUUCUCAACAACUACAGCGCCAACGAUCCGUUAGCUACCUUGAGUCGUCUUGCCAUUUCAUUUUCAACGCUGACAACAUAUCCACUUGUUUUCAUCGGCUUCCGAGACGGUGCUCUCGAUAUUUUGGAAAUUCCGGCUGCUCGACAAACCAACAAGAAUCUCAACAUUUUGACCGUGAUUCUCUUGGCCAUCAUUACAAUCAUCGCCGUCUUUGUGACUGACUUAGGAAUCAUCAAUGCUGUGGGUGGGGGCACUUUUGCGACUGCAAUUGUCUUCGUGUUUCCUGCGCUUAUGUAUCGGUCAGCCGUUCAAAAAAUGGGUCCGUCGAGUAAUGAAAUGGAAGUUUAUUUUGCUUUGGUGCUUAUGGUUUUCGGUAUUGGCAUUGGCGCAAUUGGAGUUAUCCAGUCCAUUAUUGUGUCGAUCAAAGACUAAUUUUGUCUGUACCGUGCACAGCUGGACGGGGUACUGUAUAGGGAGUCUAAAAAUGUUGAUGCUUUUAUUUGAUCAAUG